AUGAACAAGAUCCGAAAGUUCUUCCGAGGAAGUGGGCGAGUCCUGGCAUUUAUAUUUGUAGCUUCUGUCAUCUGGCUGCUCUUUGACAUGGCAGCUCUCCGCCUCUCAUUCAGCGAGAUCAACACUCGUGUCCUCAAGGAAGACAUUGUCAGGAGAGAGCAGGGUGGGUUCAGAGUCCAGCCAAACCAAAUGAAAAUCCUUUACAGCAGCAUAAAAGAGAUGAAGCCCCCACCGAAGGGAUAUCGGAAGGGGGCAUGGGGCAAAGAGAACUUUAGAAAGACUGAGGAGAGUGUGCUCAAGGUUGAGGAUGAUUUGGACCGAACACAGAGGGAAAGAAAAAUGCAGAAUGCCCCAGGAAGGAGUAAGGUGAUGCCUCUGUGGCAACCUGCACAUCUGCAGACCCUGCCACCGACGCUUGCCAAGCAGAAGACAGAGGGGCAAGACAUCAGACCUGAAGCCUUCGCUCGCUGGGUGAGACCAAAGCACAUGACAGCUCAGGGGGCUCAGAAAACUCCAUUCAUAGAUGAAAAAGGAACUCCAUUGGUCAAAAUAUCUGUACACACAGGAAUUGUCGGAGUAAACGAGAAGACCCUGACAGGUCACAGUCUCAGAAGCAAUGCAUCAAAGCAAGCAGCUGAAAGGGACCUCAAUGUGACCAUCAAUCUUAACACUGACAGACCAAAGCAGAAAGCACAGAUAGUAGCAAAUGAGAGGACACGCCCUGCCAACCCGCCAGUGCCGAAAUCUGGGGAAAUGAUAGCCUUAAAUAAAACUGAGACUCAGACCAAAGAACUAAAUGCAAAUAAACACAAAGCCAAUAAGGGUCUACCCUUUUCCAAGUUCAUUAUCAAUUCAAAUCGCUUAAAGAAGCACUCUAUUAAUAAUGAGACACAUUUGGGAGACAUGCCAAAGGAUGAUGGAGCUAAAAUGGCUCAUGGGAAGAAACUCGAUUUCUCUGAAAGUCAUGUUGUGAUUAUAACCAAGGAGGAAGAGCUAAAGACAGACACCAAAGAGGUCCUCAAUUAUAAAACCAAAAGUAUAAUUCCCAAAGUAUUGGGUGAAAGCCAAGGCAAUCAUACUUCCAGGAAUAUAAGUGAGGUAUCUUUCUCUUCACUUGUCCUACAGAGAGCAACAAUGUCUCGAAUCAACACAACCUUAGCUGGGGAGCUAGAGCCUGUAAGAGUCAACUCAACUGUCAAGGCCCAGCCCACAGAAAACAACCAAAGUCAUAUAAAAACCCAUUUAGCUGAAGACCAUGGGACACACCAGGUGUUAAGGAUUGAUAUGACACUUUUUCCAAGGGACCCCAAAGCUCCGGGUCAGUUUGGACGUCCCAUAGUUGUCCCUCCUGGAAAGGAGAAAGAGGCAGAAAGAAGAUGGAAAGAAGGAAACUUCAAUGUCUACCUUAGUGAUUUGAUCCCAGUGGAUAGAGCCAUUGAGGACACAAGACCUGCUGGGUGCGCACAGCAGCUCGUCCACAAUAGCCUCCCCACGACCAGCGUCAUCAUGUGCUUUGUGGAUGAGGUGUGGUCCACUCUCCUGAGGUCUGUUCACAGCGUCCUCAAUCGUUCUCCUCCACACCUCAUCAAGGAGAUUCUGUUGGUGGAUGACUUCAGCACCAAAGACUACCUAAAAGAUAAGUUGGAUAAAUACAUGUCUCAGUUUCCAAAAGUUCGGAUACUUCGCCUCAAAGAGAGACAUGGCUUAAUAAGGGCCCGGCUGGCGGGGGCACAGAAUGCAACAGGUGAUGUGUUGACAUUCUUAGAUUCUCACGUGGAAUGUAACGUUGGUUGGUUGGAACCUCUUCUGGAGAGAGUUUAUUUAAGUAGAAAAAAAGUGGCCUGUCCAGUAAUUGAAGUCAUCAACGAUAAGGAUAUGAGUUACAUGACAGUGGACAACUUUCAAAGAGGCAUCUUUGUGUGGCCCAUGAACUUUGGUUGGAGAACAAUUCCUCCAGAUGUCAUUGCAAAAAACAGAAUUAAAGAAACUGAUGUAAUAAGGUGUCCCGUCAUGGCAGGAGGAUUAUUUUCAAUUGAUAAAAAUUACUUUUUUGAACUUGGAACAUACGACCCUGGGCUUGAUGUUUGGGGUGGAGAAAAUAUGGAGCUCUCAUUCAAGGUGUGGAUGUGUGGUGGAGAAAUCGAGAUCAUUCCCUGUUCGCGAGUGGGCCACAUAUUCAGAAAUGACAAUCCAUAUUCUUUCCCCAAAGACCGGAUGAAGACAGUGGAGCGGAAUUUGGUGCGGGUUGCUGAGGUCUGGCUUGACGAAUACAAGGAGCUGUUCUAUGGCCAUGGGGAUCACCUCAUAGACCAAAGUUUAGAUGUCGGAAACCUCACCCAACAGCGGGAACUGCGAAAGAAACUGAAAUGCAAAAGCUUCAAGUGGUACUUGGACAAUGUUUUUCCCGACUUGAAAGCCCCCAUUGUGAGAGCUGGUGGUGUGCUUAUUAACGUGGCUUUGGGUAAAUGCAUUUCCAUUGAAAACACCACAGCUCUUCUGGAAGACUGUGACGGGAGCAGCAAGCUGCAACAAUUUAAUUACACCUGGUUAAGACUUAUUAAACAUGGAGAAUGGUGUUUAGCACCCAUCCCUGACAAAGGAGCCCUAGAGCUGCACCCUUGUGAUAACAGAAACAAAGGGCUAAAAUGGCUCCAUAAAUCAACAUCAGUCUUUCAUCCAGAACUGGUGAACCACAUUGUUUCUGAAAACUAUCAUCAGUUGCUAUGCUUGGAAGGAAAUGUCUCUCAGAAGUCCCUGAAGGCAGCUACUUGUGACCCAGUAAAGCCAAAUCAAAAGUGGAAAUUUGAAAAAUAUUAUGAAGGUUGAAGAGGAACUGGUGUUUUUAUCUAGUAAACCCAUUAGAACCCAUUACUGUGAAAAUAAGAGUAAACUUGGUGACUAUUUUCUGGUGGUGGUUUAAAUUUUCAACUUUAAUAGCAUUUGAAUGAAAGAUUGAAGAAAUGUCACAAUAUUUGGGGUACCAAAAGAUAACUCAGGGAAACAGUCCCACAUUGGACUGGGGUCCUUUAUCAACAUCGGGUGGCCUUUUGGAUUCCCAUCCUCCUCUCCCUUGUGCCUGAGCUUAUCCUGCAUGUUCCCCAUUCAGUCAAACAGUAGCUGGAAACUAAGACAGACAUACUUGAGAAAGCACAGUGAUAGUGAUGUGUGUUUGAUAAUAACUAGCUUUAGGCUCACAUGCAGGUAUAAGCAAUGAGAACCUGAUCCUUUAUUUGGUAUUUUUUUCAUCAAAUAAAUGUGCUUAUGUUCUUAUGGCCGGAAAGACUUCAAAAACACAAAUCUGUCACCUUAGGGAAAUCCCUCCAGGCUCCAUAUAUAGUCUUCCAAUAGUUUAAAAUAGAAUUGAGAUGAUCCUACUUGAUGGCAGGGUUUUUUGAUCUAGAUCACCACAUAAUGUCUUUCCCAAUCUGAGUCAGUAGGAACUCUUUAACUGGAAAGAGACCUUCAAAUCCUUUUUCAAUUUUAAGUAUGGACACUGUUUCAGCUCUUUAUGUUGUGCUUUCAAAACUACACUUAAAAAUAUGGUCAUACCUGCAACUUCCUAGACUUAUGUGGUUAUUUAAAAACAAAAAAAAAAAAAAAAAAAAAGAGAGAGAGAGACACAACACACUGUACUAACCAAAAUUAUAUUUAAUUAUUGAAGAAACUCUUAUACAGAACCAAACAAGAGGAUUGAAAUGAACAAAGCAGAAAUAGAUCACUGAAAAUAUUGAGGUUCUUUUAUUGAAAAUAACAAAAUACUACUUUAGGUUGAGCAGUGUUCACAGUGAUGAAGUAUGCUAAAGAAUGGGCUCUAAAAUACUUCAAAGUGGAAAUAAGGUGAAGGAAACGAAGUAAGGGGAGGAAAAUGAGGUAAACAACCCUCAGGAAGAGAAUUAGAAAAAAAAAAUCCCAUCUUUGUAAAGAAAGGAAGUGGAUUGGGCACCUCUACGGGGGGGAUAAAACGUGUAAAGCUCUAGAUGUGGACCCAAUGAUAAAUAAUAGUGACAAUUUGGGGAUAAAGUCACAUAUCAGUUAUUUCUUUGAUCCAAACCGAGCCUCUGAUCUUAGGUAUGCCAGUCUUUAGGUAUAUCAGAAGACAUUUCGAGAUCAUGAUAUCAUUUACAUUCAUUUUCGUUAAGAAAAUUAUGCCCAGAAGACAAAUUGUCUGUUCUCGAAUCCUAGGCCAGUUAGUGAGAGAGCCAGUUUUAGAAUGUGGAUCUCCAGACAGGCUCAUUCCACUGUCCCAGGCUUCUGGCCUCUCGACUCUGUCCCACAGGACUCCUGAGAAAGAAACCCAAGUCCCUUGCUAGGGUUGGGUCCCUGGAAGAUAGCUAUACUAUUGCUUGAACUGGUCAUCUUUAGUUCUGACUUCCUACUUUAAAUUUAAUUUCAACUCCCAACUAAUUACGCAAAAGCAGAACAAAACUAAGAAUGAGAAAAGGGAACAGUGUUGCAUAUUUGCAUCAUAUUUAAAAUGUUUUAUUCAAAUAAUCGACAUUACAGAUGAGAUCAGAGAAUGACUAGAAAAUGAGGUGACUCUUUUCAAAACAGAGCCGAGGCGGGGCA